AUAAAAAAAUCACCGUAUUUUUUCUUCAUUGGCCUGUGAAUACUCUCAAAAGGCGCGCAUAAAAUACCUUCCCUGGGCUGCGGUUCUCUUCGUUAGGGUUUUGGUUCUUCUCAUUCCAAAAGAGUGAGAAAGGCUCUGUUUGUGCACAGUACUUUCUCAUUUUCAGCUGCGAUGGCCUCCUCCUCUCUCCUCAGAUCUACGGUUACGGCUCCUCUGGCCGAGUUGUCCGAUCGCUUCUCCAAGUUAACACGCGUCGGUUCCAAUUGCAAUCUCAACUCUUGGAAGCCUCAAUCAAGCAUUUUCGGUACAUCUGUUCCCAGCGGCUCAUUUUCCUUACAGAAAUGUACUGUGAGGAGCAUCCAGCCCGUUAAGGCCAUCGCUACAGAAAUUCCUCCAACUGUUCCAAAAUCACGAAGUGGUGGGAAGCCGAAGGUUGGAAUAAACGGUUUUGGUCGGAUUGGAAGGUUGGUAUUACGAAUUGCAUCCUCCAGAGAUGAUAUUGACGUGGUGGCAGUCAAUGACCCUUUUAUUGAUGCCAAGUACAUGGCUUACAUGUUGAAGUAUGAUUCUACUCAUGGAAUUUUCAAGGGAACCAUCAAGGUCUUGGACGAGUCCACUCUGGAAAUUAAUGGGAAUCAGAUUAAGGUUCUAAGCAAAAGGGACCCAGCGGAGAUUCCUUGGGGUGAUUUUGGGGUCGAGUAUGUUGUUGAAUCCUCUGGGGUUUUCACAACAAUUGAGAAGGCUUCAGCGCAUAAGAAGGGUGGUGCCAAGAAAGUAGUAAUAUCAGCUCCAUCAGCUGAUGCACCUAUGUUUGUGGUAGGAGUAAAUGAGAAAACAUACAACACGAACAUGGAUAUCGUUUCCAAUGCAAGCUGCACUACCAAUUGUCUCGCUCCUUUGGCAAAGGUGGUUCAUGAGGAGUUCGGUAUUUUAGAGGGUUUAAUGACAACUGUGCAUGCGACUACAGCAACUCAAAAAACAGUGGAUGGUCCUUCAAUGAAGGAUUGGCGAGGUGGCCGUGGAGCUGGACAAAAUAUUAUUCCUAGUUCAACUGGUGCUGCAAAGGCUGUUGGAAAAGUUCUUCCAGAGCUUAAUGGAAAGCUUACUGGCAUGGCCUUCCGUGUCCCAACACCUAAUGUUUCUGUAGUGGACUUAACUUGUCGACUUGAGAAGAGUGCUUCCUAUGAAGAUGUUAAGGCAGCCAUCAAGUAUGCCUCAGAGGGGCCACUGAAAGGCAUUCUUGGAUACGAAGAUGAGGAUGUUGUUUCCAAUGAUUUUGUUGGCGACUCAAGGUCAAGUAUAUUUGACGCAAAGGCAGGAAUUGGGCUCAGUACCUCCUUCAUGAAGCUUGUUUCAUGGUAUGACAACGAGUGGGGAUACAGCAACCGAGUAUUGGACCUUAUAGAGCACAUGGCAUUGGUAGCAUCUCACAACUAAAUACCGCCAGACUUUUGCUGCUGCAAUUUUUUAAUGCUUGCUAUGGAGUUUGCUCCAAAUACUAGGUUAAAAAUGUGAUGAUAGGUUUCAGUCUUUCAUUUGAAUGGACUUCACCAUCAUGUGAGGCAUUGCAUGAUGUGGCAUCAAAAUAAUGAGUAUUCAACAUGUAUUAGCUCAUUCUGGUAAUACAUAAUGUUUCGACUUUGUGAUCUAUUCAAGCAAACCAAUUUCUCCUA